GCUGUACUGAGAUCAUCAUAUUCCUUUGCAUCUAGUGUUGGCAGGAGUUACAGGGACACGGGAAGGCAGGCUGAUUCAUUUAUGCCUUGUGACACAACUAGCUUGCUCAUCACCGAAGGGGCUGACAGAGUGUCUUAUAAAGCCCCAGCUCACAUGGCUCGGCCUUCGCUCCAGACUGGCAAAGCCACCGUGGUCUGCCCUGUUCCAGCUAGACUGCUGAUGCUGCUUCGAGGCCUUACCCUCUCUCUGGAGAAGGCCGGGCUGCAGGGGAUAGCCGGUGUAGACUGGAAUGGUGUGCUCAAGAUGGUUGCCAGUACCUGCUUUUUCCUACUCCAGAUCCAGCCACUGUGCUUCUUCUUGUUGUCUUUAGGCGAUGACUCAGGAUGCAGCCAGGGGCCACGACGUGCACGGAGGACCGCAUCCUGCAUGCCUUGGAGCGCUGCUUGCACGGGCUCAGCCUCAACCGUCGCUCUACCUCCUGGUCAGCUGGGCUAUGUCUGAACUGUUGGAGUCUCCAGGAGCUGGUCAGCAGGGACCCAGGCCACUUCCUUAUCCUCCUAGAACUGAUCUUGCAGAAAACUCGAGAGGUUCAGGAGAAGGGCACCUAUGACCUCCUGGCCCCCCUGGCCCUGCUCUUCUACUCCACAGUCCUCGGUACUCCACACUUUCCCCCAGACUCAGAUCUCCUUCUGAAAGCAGCCACAACCUACCAUCGAUUCCUGACCUGGCCUGUUCCUUACUGCAGCAUCUGUCAGGAACUGCUCACCUUUAUCGAUGCUGAACUCAAGGCCCCAGGAAUCUCCUACCAGCGGCUGGUGAGGGCCGAGCAGGGCCUGUCCAUCCGGAGUCAUCGCAGCUCCACCGUCACUGUGCUGCUGCUGAACCCCGUGGAGGUGCAGGCUGAGUUCCUGUCUGUGGCUAAUCAGUUGAGUGCUCCCGGGCACUCACCCCACAGCACCUACACCACCCUCCUCCUGCAUGCCUUCCAGGCCACCUUUGGGACUCAAUGUGACCUCCCGGGUUUACAUGGUAGGCUGCAGUCCAAGACACUGGCGGAACUUGAGGACAUCUUCACAGAGACGGCAGAAGCUCAGGAGCUGGCCGCUGGCGUUGGCAAUGCUGUUGAGGCCCGGCAGUGGCUCAGGACCAAGCUGCAGGCUGUGGGAGAGAAAGCUGGCUUCCCCAGAGUCUUAGACACUGAAAAACCCAGCAAGCUCCGCACCAUCCCCAUCCCAGUGGCCAGGUGCUACACCUACAGCUGGAACCAGGACAGCUUUGACAUCCUGCAGGAGAUCUUGCUCAAGGAACAGGAGCUACUGCAGCCGGGGAUCCUAGGGGACGAUGAGGAGGAGGAGGAAGAAGAGGAGGAAGAGGAAGAAGAGGAGGAGGACUUGGAAGCCGAUGGGCAUUGUGCGGAACGGGACUCAGUGCUGUCCACUAGCUCGGUGGUCUCUCGAGACUCUGCCGUGUCACUGUCCCUGUCCCAGGCCUCGGGCUCCACCCUGCCCCACCAACUGCUGAGCUCCUUUGCCUCCUCCGAUGGCAUGGACAGCGGCUACGUGGAGGACAGCGAGGAGAGCUCCUCUGAGUGGCCCAGGAGGCCGGGUGGCCAGGAGCGGAGGGGGCCCCGCAGAUCAGGGCAGAAGUUGAACAGGAUUUAUAAACUCUUCAAGAGCACCAGCCAGCUGGUCCGGCGGAGGGACUCCCGGGGCCUGGAGGGCAACCUGGACGCAGCCCUGCCCCUGCGGCGCACCGGGAGCCUCUGCAGCCCCCUGGACGAGCAGGCGCCACCCGCGCGGGCCCAGCGCUCACGCUCCCUGCCACAGCCCCGGCUCUGCGCCCAGCUGCCCGGCUGGCUCCUGGCGCCCGCCUCCCGCCACCAGCGCCGCCGCCCCUUCCUCAGCGGGGACGAAGACCCCAAGGCGUCCACCCUGCGCGUCGUGGUCUUUGGCUCCGACCGAAUUUCCGGGAAGGUGGCGCGGGCAUACAGCAACCUGCGGAGGCUGGAGAGCAGCCGCCCUCUUCUCACGCGCUUCUUCAAGCUUCAGUUCUUCUAUGUGCCCAUGAAACGAAGCCCCGGGCCCAGCCCAGGCCCUCCCAGCCGGAUGCCCCCGCUCCCCACGGAUGCUGCGAGGCACCCCAGUUCCGCAGAACUGGGCACCGCCCCCUGGGAGGAGAGCACCAAUGACAUCUCCCACUACCUCGGCAUGCUGGACCCCUGGUAUGAGCGCAAUGUGCUGGGCCUCAUGCACCUGCCCCCUGAAGUCCUCUGCCAGUCUCUGAAGGCUGAGCCCUGCACCCUAGAAGGCUCCCCUGCCCAGCUGCCCAUCCUGGCGGACAUGCUGCUUUAUUACUGCCGCUUUGCGGCCCGGCCGGUGCUGCUGCAGGUCUAUCAGACAGAGCUGACUUUCAUCACCGGGGAGAAGACGUCAGAGAUCUUCAUCCACUCCCUGGAGCUGGGUCACUCUGCAACCACACGGGCCAUCAAGGCUUCAGGUCGUGGCAGCAAGAGGCUGGGCAUUGAUGGUGACCGUGAGGCCGUCCCUCUAACACUACAGAUUAUUUACAGCAAGGGGGCCAUCAGUGGACGGAGCCACUGGAGCAACAUGGAGAAGGUCUGCACUUCCGUCAACCUCAACAAGGCCUGCCGGAAGCAUGAAGAGCUAGAUUCCAGCAUGGAGGCCCUAACGCUAAACCUGACAGAAGUGGUGAAGAGGCAGAACCCCAAAUCCAAGAAGGGCUUUAACCAGAUUAGCAUAUCCCAGAUCAAAGUGGACAAGGUACAGAUCAUCGGCUCCAAUGGCUGCCCCUUUGCUGUGUGUCUGGAUCAGGAUGAGAGGAAGAUCCUGCAAAGUGUGGUCAGGUGUGAAGUCUCCCCCUGCUACAAGCCAGAGAAGAGCAGCCUCAGCCCCACACCCCAGGACCCAGCUCACUCACUGGCUCAGGCUACACCUGACCUCUGCUCCCUCCUCUGUCUGCCCAUCAUGACGUUCAGCGGAGCUCUACCCUAGAGCUGCCCCGCACCAGCCGGGAGGAAAACCUGGGCAACCUCCUCUGAACAUGGACAGUCUGUUGUGGGGGCCUCAUUUCCCAAGUCUCCCCUACCGCUGAGUGGCCCUGUAUUGGGUCAGGGUGCAGCUGUAGCCCUGUGGUGAGCAGGGGGCAGUGGGGUGAAGGCUUCCUGGGGCCUCCAUCAGAUUUCUUGGAGCUCCAACAUUGGGAGAAGGUUGGGUACCAGGGAGAAAGGGGCCUGGCUGCACGGUCGGUCCCUCACAUCCUUGUGGCAGGAGGAGAAGACUGGAUGGGCUGAUUACCAAAGGUCCCAGAAUGUUCCAGCAUCUUUCUAGAUGAAAGAGCGAGGCCUGGUCCUCUGGAAAGCGCGAGUAGGAGUUGGCUUCUUUCCCGACAUGAGUUGGAGUCACCCUUCCUCCAUCAGAAACGUGGGGGCCCCUUUGUGUCUGGGAGUUGAGUCCCUCUUCUAGGGAUGAAAGUGUCAGAAACACAGCAGAGACUUGGAGAUUUUUCUUUCUUGAAUUCAGUGCCAGCACACACACCCACUCUCUCUCUCUCUCUCUCUCCCUCCCUCUCUCUCUCUCUUUCUCUCUCCCUCCCUCCUUCCUUCCCUCCCUUCUUCCCCCUCCCUCUCUCCUUCUCCCUCCCUUUCUCUCUCCCUUCCUCCGAGCUUCCUUAGGUCUCCUAUACAACAGCACUAACACUUUACCUGUCUUGUCAGCACCUGGACGAGAGUCUCUCUGGAUCCCCUAUCUGGAUCUGAGGUCCCCAGCACACAAGGCUGGCUGAGAUUCAGUAGUGACUCAGUGACCCUCUAGCUAAAUGACCAGAAGGAAGUGAAGUCACUUCUCUAAGUCUCUAUUUCCAGCACUAAGAUGGGAUGGGUAUAAGCCCUCCUUAAAGCGCUGAAAUGAGAUGGUCCACAAAGGAGCCAGGCAGCAGCUGGCACAUAGCAGGCUGCUGGCUCCCCCCUGUCUGCCACUGGGAUGCCUUUCUAGGUACUGGGAAAGGCAUGAUCAAAAUUGAGGGGUGAGAAGUGGUCACUUGAAGUGCCUUUGUCAGGGCAAGGCGGGGAGGGCUGCACGGGGGCCCUCCCAUCUCCUCUCUCAGGUUGGCCCCUGUUCCCCUCACACCUUGAGCUGGCGAGUGAUGUGAUCUUCCAGAUCAGCAGCUCACUGGCACUGCUCUAGAGCCAGGGCAAGAUCCCAGAGGAGGAGAGGCUGGAAUGCCUGGCUCUGACGAGCUUAGAUUAGGGGGAACGAGUAAUAGAACAUGAGAACUGAAAUGUCUUGACUCCAGGUUGGAGGAGUCUGAGGCAGACUUUAGAGGCUGGGGACAGGCAGGCCUUGGCUCAGGGUCUAGACUGGUGGAGGUGGGAAAGGACAUCCUGAGCUCUCCUCCUGCCUCCUCCUGUGAUCUCCUGCUCUGAAGGUGCUCAGUCUCUGGGAGCCCAUGGAACUGCAGCCCUGAGGACUCAAGACUUGAAAGAAGUGGACAGAGCCAGCUGUCCUGCAGGGGCUUAUCCCCCACACCCCCAGCAAACCCAGUGGCAAGCAAAAGAAACCAAACAAAAAGAUUAUUGGAGGAUUUUUUUUUUGUAACUGCUCCAAGGAACAGUCACCAUUCUGCCUUUAAUAUGUUUUUGUGGGAGCAUUUUAUCUCACAUGAUCAACCAGUGGAACAUAAUACUAUUGUCCAAUAAAACUGGAUUUAUAC